AUGCGAGUAUUCGGCUGUCAGACAUUUAUACUGACUCCGAAGGAGAAGCGACUCAAGUGGGAUCCAAAGGCUCGCGCUGGCAUAUUCGUGGGCUACGAAGAAGUGUCCAAGGCAUAUCGUGUAUUUGACAUUGAGGCGGGGCAGGUGGUUAUCAGCCGCGAUGUCAACUUCGACGAGUCCACCUUUGGACUUCAACUGCCGAUCACUGAUGAAGAUGUCGAUGACCUGGACUUCGAAUUGCUGGAUCUUGAUGACGAAGAGCUGCGUCAAAUGGAGUACAAGCAAACAGGCAAGCGCAAGAACCGACUCAAUGAUGAAGAUACAGCAGCUCCACGACCGCGUGCAGUGCGUCAACGACCAGGACUAGAAGAGUCAAGCGCGCCGGAAAACAACUCGUCACGACAAGAAGAAGACGAAGAAACGAAGGAUUCUGGUGAUUCAACACCGCCUGUGUUUUGGCGUGCGAGUGCAAAUGCCGUUGAAGCAGCAGUGGACUUAUCAGAACCCUCAACAUUUGAAGCAGCAGUAAGCGGCCCUGACCAAGUGCACUGGAGAAAAGCAAUUCAUGCAGAGCUCGAGUCAAUGCGACUUCGCGGUGUGUUUCGUGCAGCCAAGCUGCCCAACGGACAACGCGCCAUUGGCACAAAAUGGGUGUUCAAGAUCAAGCGCAAGGCGGAUGGGUCAAUCGAGAAGUACAAGGUACGACUUGUGGCCAAGGGUUUCCGCCAAAAGUAUGGCAUCGACUGCACGGAGACGUUUUCGCCUGUGGUCAAGUAUGUGACGCUGCGAAUAGUGAUCGCAAUUUUCAAGCAUUUUGGAUGGCCCAUCGACCAGCUUGAUGUGGUGACAGCUUUCCUGUAUGGCGUCAUGAAGGAACAAGUGUUCUGCGUGAUUCCUGAAGGCGUCGAACUUGACAGUACGUUCGACUGCCUGGAAUUGGUGAAGUCAAUUUACGGCCUCAAGCAAGCGUCGCGAGUGUGGAACGAGACGUUCGACGAGUAUACUUCGGACGGCCAUUGCGUGUUUAUACUGGUCUACGUGGACGACGUCUUGGUGACUGGAAGCUCGCUCGAGCUGAUUGCACAAACCAAGAACGACCUGAAGACGCGGUUCGAAAUGACGGACAGCGGCAAGUGUGCGUUUGUUCUUGGGAUCGAGCUUUUGGACGGUGAAGAUGGCAGUGUGACACUAUGUCAGCGUCGGUAUGUCGAUGAUAUCCUCAAGCGCUUUGGCAUGGAUGAUUGCAAGGCAGUCGCAAGUCCAGUCGACAUGAGCUCUCGACUUGUUUCAAGUGAUGCAACUACCAAGGUCGAUGCUCCUUUUCGCGAAGCUGUUGGUGCGUUGAUGCACCUGACCACUGCAACGCGUCCGGACAUUGCGUUUGCUGUGGGCUAUGUGUCGCGGUUCAUGGAAAAUCCCCAAGAAGAACACUGGGUUGCAGUUAAGCGUAUCUUUCGCUACCUACAAGGCACCAAGACGCAUGGAAUUUGCUACAAGCCAAGUGCAAGGAUCGACUUCCGUGGAUAUUCGGAUGCGGAUUGGGCUGGUGAUCUUACCGACCGCAAGUCAACAUCGGGGUACACGUUCAUGCUACUCGGUGCGCCAGUCAGUUGGGGCAGCAAGAAGCAGCCAAGUGUUUCGUUGUCCACGAGUGAAGCCGAAUACAUCGCACUCAGCUUGGCGAUUCAAGAGGGCAAGUGGAUUCAUCGUCUGCUUUGUGAGAUCGUGAUGGCUGCCAAUGAAGAAGGACCGGAACUCAUGAUCCAUGAAGACAAUCAGUCGUGUAUCAAGAUAACAAAGAACCCAGUCAACCACGGCCGUGCCAAGCACAUUGAUGUCAAGUACCAUCACAUCCGUGAUGAGGUCAAGCGCGGUGAAGUGAAGCUCAAGUACUGUGAAACUGCGGUGAUGUUAGCGGACAUCAUGACGAAGGGACUUCACGGGCCACGCCACAAAGAGAUGACGGCGACUCUCGGGAUUCGUGAGCAUUCGGAUUGA